AAAUUGUAUUGUUGGUUUGUUCGAGUAAGGAAGUAAGGAUGAAGAUGAUCCUGAGUGUAUUUUUGACAGUUCUGCUUGCAACGCAGACAUUGUGUGCUGUAAGGACUCAAGACAAUGCGAUAAAUCGUCAGAUAUUUGGUUCUAAUGGACCGUACAGGGAUUUUCAAUUGUCAGAUUGUCAUCAACCACUGGAGACCAAUCCGUACUGUAACGAGUGGCAGUUCGCAUAUCAUUGGAACAACGCUUUGUUGGAUUGCGAGAGGGCUGUCUACCACGGAUGUAACCCCACCAGGAACAACUUCAUUACUUUGAGUGCCUGCAAGGCGCAGGCGGAGCCGGUUUGUAAGGGAAGAAGACACUAAUAAGUAUUUUUCUAACGUUAAACAAUUUAUGUACAGCUGUGGACAAUAAAGUUUUCAAACUAA